AUGGCUCAGACCACGCCUGUAGCGCAACUCUUCAAGGGUUUCACAGACGCAUACGACAGCGUCAAGAAGCAGCUUGGCGAUGGCAUCGUCCGGCCAGUGCUGCCCCUCAAUAAGACGCUCUUCUUAGGCAGUGAAGGAUUGGCCGUCCUACAGAAGCACCUCGAGGAAACUUGCCAGGCAGAGAUAGCAGUCACGGUUGACGCAACCACCAACUCCCUUUUCGUGUCACCACUGGCUCCUAUGCCUACGCCUACGCCUACUAAGGCGGCCAAGACCAAGAAGACCACGGUCGCUAAAGAUACCAGCGACAAAGUACCGAGACCCUCCAAUGCCUUCAUCCUUUAUCGGAAGGAUUGGCACUCGAGGAUAGUUGCGGAGAACCCUGGCCUUCACAACAACCAGAUCUCGGUCAUACUCGGCAAACAGUGGAGGAAUGAAAGCGAGGUCAUCCGCGCGGCGUACAAGUCAAAAGCUGAAGAAGCCAAACAUCAGCACGAGCUCGCACAUCCUGACUACCAAUAUCAGCCGCGCAAGCCUUCUGAGAAGAAGCGUCGUAUGACGAAAAACAAGAUCGCGAAGCUGGCGAAAGCUCAAGCCGAGGCUGGCGGCUCUUCUAUGCAGCAACCUCUCCCCGACGAAUACGAUCCAGUCGCUCUGCUCAACGACACGAUGACCUCCUACACAGAAGGACAGAGCAUCCAGAUUACCAACUUCGCCCAGGAUCCAGCACCUUCGCAGCCGGUUCUAGGAAACAACGACCCUCGUGGGUGGUGUACUUUCAACAGCGGGCUAGACAUUGGAGACCGCCUGCUGGCCGGCUUGCAGCUUUUCAACGAGCAACACGGCUUCUCGCCCAGCCCACCACAAGCAGCUACCGCUGACACUGCUCCUCGAGGGACUGCUGACCCAGGCACACCCCCACCGCCACCCCCACCUCCACCUCCCACCCAGCAGCCGCAAGCCAUCACAUCGCGACCCUCUAUGCCUAUCGCCGUCGCCAUUGUACCACUCGUGAAUGGAGAGGCCCAAGCCAACACGCAGCAAUUUCCCAUCACCCCAAGUAGGGCAAUGCAGAACUACCUGACCCGGCCAUCAACACAGACCUACAGCAUCGUCACAUCGAAUGCGUUUACCUCUGGCUCAAGCGCCAUCGAGCAAGAUCAGCUCGCUACUGGCGAGGUUGGGCGGCAAGACUUCCUUCUUGAUGACUUCAGCACAUUCAUCGACAUGGCGCAAGUUGCCGAUGAUCCUAUUUCAGACCAUGCUGGCCCUGCUCCUCUCACCGAUGUCCCAGUCGACUCCCACACCCAGCAGGUCGCAAUCGAGAUUGAUGUUGACUUAAACGACUACAGUCAUAUCGGCGAUACUCUCGGGUUGGACUUCAACGAGGACGCGCUCGGCGACCUCAACUCUCCUCUUCAGUGGCUCUUCUAG